CGAGUCGAACGCGGAACUAGGGAGCAGGCGGAGGCAGGCGCUGGGCUGUGGCUCAGCAGGCCUAGCCUGGCUUUGGGCCUCCGGCCUCUCAGCCGGGGACUCUGCGCCUGCGCCCGCCAGGCAGCUGCCUGCUCUCCCAGCGCGACGCGGUCCCGGCUGCCGCGCGCCGCCUGGGUGUCUGGGCGAUCCAUGGGCUGCAGCGAGGGCCGCGAUGACAGAUUACGGCGAGGAGCAGCGCAACGAGCUGGAGGCUCUGGAGUCCAUCUACCCUGACUCCUUCACAGUAUUAUCAGAAAAUCCACCCAGCUUCACCAUUACUGUGACAUCUGAGGCUGGAGAAAAUGAUGAAACUGUCCAGACUACCCUCAAGUUUACAUACAGUGAAAAAUACCCAGAUGAAGCUCCCCUUUAUGAAAUAUUCUCUCAGUUAAAUCUAGAUGAUAAUGAUGUCUCAGACAUUUUAAAAUUAUUAGCAUUACAGGCAGAAGAAAACCUUGGUAUGGUGAUGAUCUUUACUUUAGUGACAGCCGUGCAAGAAAAAUUAAAUGAAAUAGUAGAUCAAAUAAAAACUAGACGAGAAGAAGAAAAAAAACAAAAAGAAAAAGAAGCAGAAGAAGCUGAAAAGCAAUUAUUCCAUGGCACUCCUGUUACAAUCGAGAAUUUCUUAAGUUGGAAGGCCAAGUUUGAUGCAGAACUCUUGGAAAUUAAAAAGAAACGAAUGAAAGAAGAAGAACAAGCAGGAAAAAAUAAAUUAAGUGGGAGACAGCUAUUUGAAACAGAUCAUAAUCUCGACACAUCUGAUAUUCAGUUCUUGGAAGAUGCUGGAAACAACGUGGAGGUAGAUGAGUCUUUGUUCCAGGAAAUGGAUGACUUGGAGCUGGAGGAUGAUGAGGAUGAUCCAGACUACAAUCCUGCUGACCGGGAGAGUGACUUGACCGACUAAUGGACUAUCCCGUCUUCAGAGAGGCUUGACUGCCAUAGCAUCUGUGGCUAUGCUAAGAGGGUGUUGAUUUUCCUUUCUUUUUUCUAAGAAAAAAUAAUUUUCAGGAGAAUAUUCUUCUGAUGGCUUUCAUCAUUGAACUUAAUAAACUGAUCUUAAAAUUUCAGAUAUAAAAUGUUCAAUUCCUCUUAUUGGUGGGAAGAAGGCCACAUGUUUAAAAUCAUUUAGUGUUGGAGAGAAAUUCUGCCUAAAACACCAAGACUGGAAGGUCAGCUGUUGCUGUACCCAGGUGUGGGUUUAUAUGCAAGGAAUUGGAAUAACUUGGAAUUUCUAUGCUAGAGACUGGUGGCUUUUGAAUUCUAAGGGUUGUCAUUCAUAUAAAAUAUUAGAAGACUGAGGCGAACAGAGCAUUAAACCUUCUGAAUUCUAGCCUUCGGGCAUAGUAAAUUUAAGUCUUAACAAAACCAGAAGCCCAUUUUAUAGUCAGGAGUAAAAUGGACUUUAGUCCUAUAGUGGUAUCUGAAUCAGAAUCAUCUUUGGAAUUAUUAAAAAGUGUGCACUCCUAGUCCCUUCUCAGUGGAGGUUAAUAAACACUGAGCCUCAGUCUGAGUUUUAAAACAGUGAAAUCUCAUACCUGUGACACAGGUGACUGUGAUGCACACUCCUGAUGAAGAACUACUGUCCUACAGUUGUCAAGUCUAUAAAUUGUGAUUUUCCCCACUUUUCUAAUUAACCAGUCUGAAGUGGUUUGAAUUCUUGGGAUUGUACACUGUCUGCAAGAGUACCACACAUCCACAUUCAUGCACACAUUAGACCUUUGUGAUAAUUUGGAAUGAUCGACUUGGGGGCUCCAGGUAGGAGAGCCAGGCUUCAUGCAAGUUAUCCAGCCAUUGCAGUUCUGGAGGAUUGAAUCUUAACCGCAAUAGGAAAUCACUUGUGCUAUUGCAAAUAGCUUCCUCCAUUCAGAAAUACUAUAUACCCACAAACACAGCAAUAUCAAUCCAUGUUUAUUUUUGAAGUCAGACCUUAUGAUUAAAGUUAAGACAAAACUAUCAUUGAGGAAUUUAAUGCUUUUCACCCACCUUGAUCCUGACCAAUAAAGAGGAAUAGCAGUAAUGUUCAGUAUUUCUAUGCAGAGAGAAGUCCAAAAGUUUGUUACGUGAGAUUUUGCUUUUCCUGAGGAGGAGAGGUCCUUUCUGCAGCUGAUCAGCAAUUGCAUAAGAACCUGAAAGAGUGGUUCAGUUGAGAAAAGCAGUCGUGAGCAGUGUAGUAUGAGGUCAAUGGAGACUUGACCUUGGAGUAUCAAGAAUGAUUACACUUGCCUCUCACAUAAUUUUUUAAAGUCUAAGUUUUAUACAUUUUCUACAGAUAUUGAAUAACCACCCUUGUCAUUUCAGAAUGUAGGCAGAACCUAAUGAAAUGGAAAUGAAGACAACCUGAUUAGUUCUAAUGAUAAUCCCAAAUAUUUUCAUCCAGAGUAAAAAUUAACUUUACUGUUGGCUUUGUAUUCUGGGAAUUAACCAAAGACUCUGCUUCUCAAACUGGAGCACACAUAAUUCCUGGAUGUGUAACAGCAUGACUGGUGGUAUUUGAAGCAAUAAUUGGCCCACCUUGAAUUAUCAGUUUUGCUCUUGGAUUUGGGAAGAUUUUUGUUUUGGUUUUUCUACUUGUGUUAACUUGUAUACAAUAUUAUUAAGUUAAAAACAUACACAAAUAUUUGUAUUCAUUGCUGUAUCCCUGGAACAAUGGCACUGAGUAGGCACCUAAUUGUUGGACUAGUAUGCAAGAUGCUUAUGCAUUUUAAAGAUAAAAUAUAAGAGUUCAAAGAAAUGUUCUAUUUGCCGUCUGCAGCUUUGAGUAAUGCUUCUAGGUUCUGCUUUAUUUCACAUUCUUCUGGCAGCAAGCAUGCCUUAGGGAAAAAAAAGUGGAUAAAUACUAAUCUAAGGUAACACAUCUAAAAGGUUACCCUUCUGGCAGCAAGGAUGACUUAGGAAAAAAAGUGAAUAAAUACUAAUCUAAGGUAACACAUCUAAAAGGUUACAUGAACAUUUCCUAGUUGAGGUAAAACCAAGAGAGAUAUCAGUAACAUCUCUUAUCAGUGAAAAGGAUGAGAUCAUUGAUUGUACUGUCACAGACUCCCAAGAUAUAUGUGCCAAGAAGUAAAGAGAUGCAUUCUUGGAUUCCAGAAGAAAGGAAAUUGUGGGUUUUCAAUAUUUAUGUGCUAGCUGGUUGUUAGGUGUUAUGAAGGUGCAAACAGAUAGUAAGUAAACUACUGCGAGUAGCUCCCAGUGUUGGUCUUUCAGAGAACAUACAUGACAGGCAGCAGUCGUAGGGAUUGUAUGAUGAUGGGUCAGAAUGAGUCACACAGUUCAAGAACUGUAGGGGGUAAUGUUAGACCAUUGAGGUCUGAAGUGACAGGGAAAGUUUUCCACAGAUGACACACAGAGUGUGAAUUCAUAUAGAUAGGUAAAUGUGAAUGACACUAGUUUGUUUGCUGCCUUAGGACCUGUGUCUGAGUAACAGAGAUGACAGAAUGUUGCCAAAAGGUGUACUGUGAAGUCUAUAGGUUUCUUUUUCAUGUCACCUUUCUUGGGCAAACUCAUCAAAGGACUUGAAAGAAGGGGGGUGAGUUGGAUUCCAAAUGUACUAAAUCCCCUCCAUUAAUAAAAGAUGGGGAAAUGCUGGGGAAGUCUCAAGAAUAUUGUAAAGGGUUAUCGAAUCAAAAAUUUCACAGUGCUGUGCAAAGCCAUAAUGGCACCUGAGCUAAAAGGAAAAAUCAAUAAUUAUUUAAAAUUUGGAUAAUUCAUUUAUCAUGGAUUUUUACAUUGAUUUUUAUUUUUUAAAUGCUGCAUUAAAGUAUUAUUUAUCUUUGUUGAA